AUGCUUGAAUUCGAAGUAGUACCAGAAUGUUGUCUCCGAAACGAACAAAUCGAAUUCACGCUUGGUAUGCCGAUCAAUCAAGUGAUUAUUAUGCUUCAGAACGCAUCACGCACAUUGCAUAACGUUGAACUAGCUUAUUCAGAUAAGGAUCCACUCUCGCGAGACAUUACCAUUCGUCUUGUAAAAGAUGGUAUUCGCCUUCGUUUUGAGCCGAAUUCCCAACUGCUUCGACUAAUCGAGGUGUACGAUCUAUCGAAUAUUAUUCUUCGUUACUGUUCAACCAUAUUUUCGAAACCUGCUGAUGAAGCUGAUCCCAGCAAAGUGGGAGCUUGCUUCGGCGCCACUCAUCCAGGAGUAUAUGAUCCGAAUCAACGUCUAUACGAAUUAAAUUGGCGUGGUCUUUCGUUCAGUUUUCAUGCGCCAAAAGAAACCUCUACAUUGCAGACAUCGUAUGAGCAAGGUACGGGUCUCGGUACGUUACAAUUCACCAGUUCAACUCCACCUCGGCUUGCAAAAAUGACUAUCUUUGGAGGACCACAAAAAACGAACCCUAAGUAUAAUGAACGAAUGUAUCUGAAUUCAACGAGGUUAUCUUCGUUAAAUAUGAUUGAAGUUGUAUCCAAUUUGAGGUUACCACCGACACCUCUAUCAGCGAUGUGUGGCAUGUGCUGUCCAGGUUCAGUACGUUCUGAAACUGAUGGAAAGCAUAUUUCGGGCCUUGUAUUUAAGUUUGUCUCCCAAGUACCAACAACAACAGUCAAUCGCACCUCGGAUCUUUCGAUGAAGCGGAUUGAAUUGAAGCGUGUUGUGUCGUUUGGUGAUACCACUGAGUGUGUUCUAUCUGCCCUUGGUGCACCGUCAAAGGUUUACUACGCAUCCGCUGAACCAAUGUUAAUUAAGAGAGGUGCUGGCUCAGAAAAACUUCGUGGGUCGCAACCACACUUUUUUUUCAAUUAUUUCGCACUUGGAGUGGAUGUAUGUUUCGAUAGUGCAACCAAUCGUGUUUGUAAAUUCGUUUUACAUUCCAAUCUUCCGGGCCAUUACGAUUUCGGAAUAUACGCGAGAUGCAACUUCUCUAUAACACUUCCCGAGGAACAACUAACGCUUACAUCUACUUCAAAGAGGGAAUCGUUCAUUGAUCAUUUCACUGACGGCACAGAUAUGGCAACUCAACAGGUUGUUUUAAGCCGUAAUGAGAAUCGAAAUCGUAAUGAUGCUGACAAUCCAUUUGGUUCAACGGUCUGUUAUGGUACGAAGCAAGUGAUCGUUGAGGUAAUCUGCUCAAUCAAUCAUUUUUGA